AUGCCGGACCCCGCGGCGCACCUGCCCUUCUUCUACGGCAGCAUCUCGCGCGCCGAGGCCGAGGAGCACCUGAAGCUGGCGGGCAUGGCCGACGGGCUCUUUCUGCUGCGGCAGUGCCUGCGCUCGCUGGGCGGCUACGUGCUCUCGCUCGUGCACGAAGUGCGCUUCCACCACUUCCCCAUCGAGCGCCAGCUCAACGGCACAUACGCCAUCGCGGGCGGAAAGGCGCACUGCGGCCCGGCUGAGCUCUGCGAGUUCUACUCGCGCGACCCCGACGGGCUGCCCUGCAACCUGCGCAAGCCAUGCAACCGGCCGUCGGGGCUCGAGCCGCAGCCCGGGGUCUUCGACAACCUUCGCGAUGCCAUGGUGCGCGACUACGUGCGCCAGACUUGGAAGCUGGAGGGCGAGGCCUUGGAGCAAGCCAUCAUCAGCCAGGCACCCCAGGUGGAGAAGCUCAUUGCCACGACAGCUCACGAACGGAUGCCCUGGUACCACAGCAGCCUGACGCGCGAGGAGGCCGAGCGCAAACUCUACUCGGGUUCCCAGACCGACGGCAAGUUCCUGCUGAGACCCCGGAAGGAGCUGGGCACGUACGCACUGUCUCUGAUCUAUGGGAAAACUGUGUACCACUACCUCAUCAGCCAGGACAAGGCGGGCAAAUACUGCAUUCCCGAGGGGACCAAGUUUGACACACUCUGGCAGCUGGUGGAGUACCUGAAGCUGAAGGCUGAUGGACUCAUCUACUGCCUGAAGGAGGCCUGUCCCAACAGCAGCGCCAGCCCAGGUGAGUGGGGCGGCAGUGGGGGUGGGGGGGGAGGCGGGAGACCACGGCUCCACCUCCUCACUGUCCCUUCUGCUCCCCCAGGGGCCGCUGCUCCUACCCUCCCCGCCCACCCGUCCACUUUCACCCAGAGACGGAUCGACACUCUCAACUCAGAUGGAUAUACCCCUGAACCAGAGAAGCCGCGAACGAUGCCCAUGGACACCAGUGUCUACGAGAGCCCCUACAGCGACCCCGAGGAGCUCAAAAACAAGAAGCUCUUCCUGAAGCGUGAGAACCUCCUCAUGGCUGACAUCGAACUCGGCUGCGGCAACUUUGGUUCAGUUCGCCAGGGCGUCUACCGCAUGCGCAAGAAGCAGAUCGACGUGGCCAUCAAAGUGCUGAAACAGAGUACGGAGAAGGCGGACAAGGACGAGAUGAUGCGGGAGGCACAGAUCAUGCACCAGCUGGACAACCCCUACAUCGUGCGGCUCAUUGGAGUCUGCCAGGCCGAGGCCCUCAUGCUGGUCAUGGAGAUGGCUGGCGGUGGGCCCCUGCACAAGUUCCUGGCCGGGAGGAAGGAGGAGAUCCCCGUCAGCAACGUGGCAGAGCUGCUGCACCAGGUGUCUAUGGGGAUGAAGUACCUGGAAGAGAAAAACUUUGUGCAUCGUGACCUGGCGGCCCGCAACGUCCUCCUGGUCAACCGGCACUACGCCAAGAUCAGCGACUUCGGGCUCUCCAAGGCCCUGGGUGCCGACGACAGCUACUACACCGCCCGCUCAGCCGGGAAGUGGCCGCUCAAGUGGUAUGCGCCUGAGUGCAUCAACUUCCGCAAGUUCUCCAGCCGCAGUGACGUCUGGAGCUAUGGAGUCACCAUGUGGGAGGCCUUCUCCUACGGGCAGAAGCCCUACAAGGCAGGCAAGAUGAAGGGCCCGGAGGUCAUGGCUUUCAUCGAGCAGGGCAAGCGGAUGGAGUGCCCACCAGAGUGUCCCCCUGAGAUGUACAAGCUCAUGAGCGAUUGCUGGACCUACAAGUGGGAGGACCGCCCGGACUUCGCCGCAGUUGAACAGCGCAUGCGCACCUACUACUACAGCUUGGCGAGCAAGGCGGAGGAGCCCGGCGCUUGUGCAAAUGGGGUUGAGGCUGCGUGUCCCUGA